AUGGACAGGUUGCACUCCUCCAUGCGUAAAAGGCUCUACAGUUUGCCACAGCACAUUGGACAGAAAGCAUCUAUAAUGGGCGAAGGAGAAGACGCAGACAAGGACACCCGGAGGAAGAGUAUCAGGAUGAAACCUCUACCGUCACCGUCGCCGACCUCUGGGGGAAGCUGCAAAGGCAUCGGGGAGACCAAAAGUGGGGAGUCUGUGAUCAUGGAGACGGACAUAGGGAGACCAAUGAAGACCAGCUCGAAUGGAGAUUGCCGGAGGUUUCGAGGGAGCCUCUCGUCCAUCACAAGUCGGCAUGUGCACGACUCGGACUCGGCGGAAGAGAGGCGCCUCAUCACCGAGGGGGAAGUCACCCCGAGCGAGGAGAGCCCCCCCGAGGCCAUCGGUGAUGGGCCGCCGGAUCAAGGCGCGCAGGGGGCCACCGGUGGCGGCGGUACCCAAAACGAUUCCCCAGGCCAGCAGUCAGGGUUUAUAAAGUUGGAUGGCAUUGAUCAAAUUCUGCCGGACGACGAGAGAUUAUAUCAAGCCGGGUUCAUACACAGACAGUUUGGAGCAAUGCUACAACCGGGGGUCAACAAGUUCUCCCUGAGGAUGUUUGGAAGUGAGAAGGCGGUUGAACGGGAACAAGAGCGGGUUAAAUCCGCCGGAUUUUGGAUAAUUCACCCUUACAGUGAUUUCAGGUUUUACUGGGACUUGACCAUGCUGCUGCUUAUGGUGGGCAACCUCAUCAUCAUUCCUGUGGGCAUCACGUUCUUCAAGGAUGAGCACACGCCUCCCUGGAUCGUGUUCAACGUGGUCUCCGACACUUUCUUCCUCAUGGACUUGGUCCUUAACUUCAGGACGGGCAUCGUCAAGGAGGACAACACAGAAAUCAUUCUGGAUCCGCAACAGAUCAAGAUUAAGUACUUGCGGAGCUGGUUUGUGGUGGACUUCAUCUCCUCCAUCCCUGUGGACUACAUCUUCCUCAUUGUGGAGACGCGCAUCGACUCAGAUUUCUACAAGACAGCGCGUGCCCUGCGGAUUGUCCGCUUCACCAAGAUCCUCAGCCUGCUGCGUCUACUACGCCUCUCUAGACUCAUUCGCUACAUCCACCAGUGGGAAGAGAUCUUCCACAUGACCUAUGACCUGGCCAGCGCCAUGGUGAGGAUAGUCAACCUGAUCGGCAUGAUGCUGCUGCUGUGUCACUGGGACGGCUGCCUGCAGUUCCUGGUGCCCAUGCUGCAGGACUUCCCCGCCGACUGCUGGGUGUCCAAAAAUAAGAUGGUGAAUGACACAUGGGGACAGCAGUACUCCUACGCACUUUUCAAAGCUAUGAGCCACAUGCUGUGUAUUGGGUAUGGCAUGUACCCCCCAGUGGGCAUGACAGACGUGUGGCUGACCAUCCUCAGCAUGAUUGUGGGCGCUACCUGCUAUGCCAUGUUUGUGGGCCACGCCACCGCGCUAAUCCAAUCUCUAGACUCAUCUCGACGGCAGUACCAGGAGAAGUACAAACAGGUGGAGCAGUACAUGUCCUUCCACAAGCUGCCGGCAGAUAUGAGGCAGAGAAUCCACGACUACUAUGAGCACCGUUACCAGGGCAAGAUGUUCGACGAGGAGAGCAUCCUGGGAGAGCUGAACGAGCCUCUCCGAGAGGAAAUCAUCAACUUUAACUGUCGAAAGCUGGUGGCGUCCAUGCCUCUCUUUGCCAACGCCGACCCCAACUUUGUCACCUCCAUGCUCACUAAGCUGAAAUUCGAGGUGUUCCAGCCGGGGGAUUACAUCAUCAGGGAGGGCACCAUCGGCAAGAAAAUGUACUUUAUCCAGCAUGGGGUUGUCAGUGUACUAACCAAAGGCAAUAAAGAGACCAAGCUUUCAGACGGCUCCUACUUUGGAGAGAUUUGUUUGCUGACGCGGGGUAGAAGGACAGCCAGUGUGCGAGCGGACACAUACUGUCGCCUGUACUCACUGUCUGUCGACAACUUCAACGAGGUGCUGGAGGAGUAUCCUAUGAUGAGAAGGGCCUUUGAAACUGUUGCACUGGACAGACUGGACCGUAUUGGCAAGAAAAACUCCAUCCUGCAGCACAAGGUACAACACGACCUCAGCUCUGGUGUACUCAACUACCAGGAAAAUGAGAUCAUUCAGCAGAUUGUGCAGCAUGACAGGGACAUGGCCCACUGCGCCCACCUCAUGCAGAACGCCCCACCCCAGACGCCCCCCUCACCUACCCCUGUCAUCUGGGCCCCCCUCAUCCAGGCCCCUCUCCAGGCCGCAGCCGCCACCACCUCAGUAGCCAUUGCGCUGACACACCAUCCCCACCUCCCACCAACACUCUUCCGGCCUCCAGUUUCUGUUCUGGGGUCUCUAAAGGACCCUCCAAGCCGGCUUAAGAAGUUCCACACAUUUGUUCCUUCAUCCACCGCACCUGGCUCUGCUGGGGACUCUCCCUCUAGCACACCCUCUAAACUGCGCACUGGGGUAGACAUGCCAUUGCUGGCCUCUUUUCGGGCUCAGCACGUGACAUCAGUUUCAGGGGCAACGAGCUCUAGCCAACAGGCUUCAGGUAGCAGAGGCCAGCGUGGACCUAGUGGGGGUGGGUCUGGGUCCAGUGGAGGAGGGGCGUCUGCCUUCCCCUUCGGACCAUAUUCAUCCUCUGUUUCACCCUCAUCUAGUAUGGCCCAGCUACACCCACAACCACAGCAACAUCAGCCCUUUCGCUCCAGCACCCCACCUCUCUCAAACCUCUUCCACCAAGGAUCUACAGGUGGAAGCACAGGGUCAGGAAUAAGUGGAGGGACAGUUGGAGCCUGUGGUGGUGCUACAGGGUGGUCUUCAGGUGGAGCGGUUGGAGGUUCUGUUGAAGGAGCCACUGGAGGAGACACUGCUUGGGCUGGAGAAGACUUUACAACUGGAACAACAGAAGCGACUCCUGAGGGGCACUUUGGUUUCGGUGGAGCUACUGGUGGAUCAGUAGGAGGGAUCUCAGGGGAAUUAGUGGGAGGGAUAUCUGAAGGAUCAGUGGGUGCUGCUUGUGGCAGGUUAGCAUGUGGAGCAUUAGGUGGAGGGGUGACUGGCGGACAUGUUGGCAGAGCAGCAGUUGGGGCAAGUCCUAUAUCUACUGGCUCAUCAAGCCCUAUGCCUGGGCAGCUUCUCCAUAGCCAGCCACCUCCCAAGCCUCCUCAGGUGGCUCCUCUGCAGCAGUUCGCUGGGGGUGGCAGGACUACCAGUGGCUUAAACCUCUUCCAUUCCACUCCACAAGGCUCCCCAUCCUCUACUAGAGGACAGCACAGCCAGCAGCCUGCUGAAGGCUCCCCAUCUUCCCUCAGCCAUUUUAGCCUGGCAGGCCUCCAGUCUGGCUUCCUGCCUCACCAGAUGUCCCUAGAGAGGUCUGCCCUGGCCUCCCUGGCCCAGUAUGGUUCAGCAAACGCCUCCCCCUGCCUUACCCCGGUGGCGCCCAGCCCUACUGUUCAAAGCCCAGUGGCAGGCAGGACUUUCCACUACAGCGAUCCCUCCAGUGCCACAGGAUCCCACAGUUCUCUGCUCAUGCCACAGUCUUCUCUACCUUCACAACUUCCCAGCCAGCCACACAUAACAGGGAGAGAUUCUCCUCUGGGCCGCUUUUCUGAGGACCUAAAGCUUUUAUCCAGCUCACACUCAUCCCUGCCCCAGGAGGUAGCCCAGGUAUUAGGCCACCAAACUCUGCGCUCCUCUGUGGAAACUGGAUUUUACCCCUCACCCUUUUCCUCACCUACUCUUGUGCCCAAACCCUGUAGCUCAGUGCCAGGGCACAUGACUCCUCCAGUCCAGACAUCUCCGGGGCACCCUCACCAGACUCAGUCCCCCGGAGUCUCCCCGGCUUUGCCUCUAAGGAGGGGCUCUGCUGCCUACUCAUCAGAUCUAGAACCUCAAACUGUCCGCUCUAAACUCCCUUCCAAUUUGUGA